AUGGGAAAAAUAAAAAAAGCCCGGCUUUUGCUGCCAAAAAAAAGCAAUAAUGAUUCCCCUCAAGUACAGCAUCAUAACAAUUUGGGUCGAUCUUCCAUUCCCUUUUUGACGGCCGGUACUUCGGCUGUACCUACAUCAGCGCCAAUUAUUGCUACUAAGCAUAGUACAUCUAUGGUCGAAGAAGAUGAGAUGUCAAGUGGUAUAUUUACUUCAGGUGAAUGGGACUAUGAAAGCACACUUCAAUUAAUCCAUGUUUUUAUUAAGUAUGGUCUGCGGCUUGAAGCUUCUUCAACGGCUGCUGAAAUUAGUAUACAUAAUUUAGCUAUGUUUCGUAAAUUUAACAAAAGCACUCGUAUCAAUGGAAGAAGAAGUUUAAUUUCUUUAAAAGAAAGAUGGGUAUAUCUGUAUGAAACAUAUCAAGAAAGAAAAAAUUGGUCUAGUAAGAACAAUGUGUAUCCUCUUCCGUUUUGGGAGUUUCAUGAACAUAUGCAAAAUGGGUUAAGCGCCAGCCCUUUAGUCAUCUGUUCUUCAGAUAAUACUUGGUCCCAUCUAUCAGAAAGUGAAAGCGAUACAGAAUAUUUUACAGAUCGCAGCGAUGAGGAGGACACAGAGAAACAUUUUGAUCAAUCAAUUACUGUGCCAAAAAGAAAAAUUCAGGCGAACCCUGAUAUUAUACAGGAGACAAUAAAAUGCAGGUACAAAUCCGAGAAUGAAGAAGGAAAUGGUGAUCAUGUCAAUAUAUAUGGGUUGGAAUGCAAAAGGUUGGCCGAUAUAAUAAAAAAGAGUAUCCCGAUUAUAGAGAGAAGCAUAUCAACCAUGGAAAGGGGUAUAUCAACUAUGGAAAAGGGUAUAUCAACUAUGGAAAAAAACAUAGCAGCUAUGAAAGAGAGCACGUCAACUAUGAAAAAUGGUAUAUCAACUAUAGAAAAGUCCUCUGCAGUCAUAGCAAAGGGUAUCUUAACAAUGGAAAACAAUGAAUCGACAAAACAUGACAUUUUGGAAAUUCAAAAGGGGUUUUUAACUCAAUUUGAAAUUGCAGUAGAUAACAUUUCCAAGAAGACAGAUUCAAAAAAGAAUACAUAUGACACUAACAUCAACGAAUCUCGGGACUUUGAUAAAUUACAAAGAGAAUUCUUCAUUCUUUAA